CGAGUUUGACGCCGCCUGUGAAGAACUUCGUUCCAAGUUGGCAUCCAUUAUUCCUAUAUACUUCAGCGACAUUGAUUUCAUUCUCAGUUAUGCAGCGGCUGGGAGCUACAUCCGUUUCUUCACUUUGAAUCACUCAGGUACUUUGUUCCCGUUGACCGACCGACUCAAUUUGACUAUCCGAGUUGAUCGGCUUCAAGCAAUUCGUGCGGUCACCAACAUUAUCCGUAUCAUGAUUACCAUCAAGGAUACCCUACCAACGAAUGUGUUGCCCUUGGGGCGCACAUUGAAAAAGGGUGAUAGCACGAUCACUUUCUAUGACAAUUUUGUUGAGAAACGUAUUUCUUCGUUUAAUCGUUUAUACCCUUUCGCCAAUGUAAACACACUUAAACAGAUCUAUAAACUGGCAAGGCACAAGCGCGGAUUAGUGCAUGCCAAAGACUUGCCAAGUGUGAAGAAAGGAUUGUACAAGGUGACACUGGGAACUCAAGGAUUUCACCGCCUGCCACAAACGGAAGAUGAGUUUCGGAUGAUCAUUGAGGAUAUCCUUAACGGACUUGUAACACUGCACGACUCUGGUUUUGUCCAUAGAGACAUCCGAUGGUCGAACAUUUUGCGGACCAUCGACGGCAAAUAUGUUCUUAUUGACUUUGAGCAUUCUGGUCUGGCGAAUGAGAUACCUCAGUUUGAAAGCUUGAUGGGUUGGGAUAUGAAUACUUUAGAGCUUGGAAAGUAUACGUGCUUGUCAGAUAUGUAUCAGGUCGGAAAGUUGUUUGUCGGGGAGUCAGUGAUAUUGUCUGAGAUAGGGAUGAGCUUUAUGGCCAAUCUGCAGAAUGCAGAUCAUAGUGCUAGGAUGACAGCCAAAACUGCUUUACAGCAUGAGUGGAUAAUACAUGCUCAGUAA